CGCCGCCUCGGGACCGGCUGUAUGAUUAGGCCACAAUCUUCAAUGAGUAGACAUAUUCCUCAGUUCUGUGGUGUUCUUGGUCACACAUUUAUGGAGUUUCUGAAGGGCAGUGGAGAUUACUGCCAGGCACAGCACGACCUCUAUGCAGACAAGUGAACUGUAGAAAUUCUUUACUACUCCACCAAGAAGCCCCCAUAAGAGUGGAUAACCUGGACACAGACGUGUUGUAUUGAAAUCUGCAAGAGCAUUUUACAAGAGCUCAGACCUGGAUGGGGUAAACCUCAGUGCACUUCCUUUGUAUUGCCUCAGUAUUACUGGAUUGAAGAAUCACUGCUUCUUGUUAGGAGGUUCAUUUCAUUGCCCAUUUCUCCCAAUUUCAUACUCAAAGCACUGAGAAUUUCAAGUGGAGUAUAUAUUGAAUAUUGAAGUAGACUUCAGGUUGUUUGGGGUUUUUUUUGUUUGUUUUUUAUUUUUUUUGCGUCAUUUCUGUAUUCAAUUUUUUAAUUCUUUCAUAACCCUACUGGGUGUUUUUUAAAAACUAACUUAACAUGGCUCGAAUGAACCGCCCUGCUCCUGUGGAAGUCACAUACAAGAACAUGAGAUUCCUUAUUACACACAAUCCAACCAAUGCGACCUUAAACAAAUUUAUAGAGGAACUUAAGAAGUAUAGAGUUACCACAAUAGUAAGAGUAUGUGAAGCAACUUACGACACUACUCUUGUGGAGAAAGAAGGCAUUCAUAUUCUUGACUGGCCUUCUGAUGAUGGUGCACCACCAUCCAACCAGAUUGUAGAUGACUGGUUAAGUCUUGUAAAGAUCAAGUUUCAUGAAGAACCUGGCUGCUGUAUUGCUGUCCAUUGUGUUGCAGGCCUUGGCAGAGCUCCAGUGCUUGUUGCCCUAGCAUUAGUUGAAGGUGGAAUGAAAUAUGAAGAUGCAGUACAAUUCAUAAGACAAAAGUGGCGAGGAGCUUUUAACAGCAAGCAACUUUUGUAUCUGGAGAAGUACCAUCCUAAAAUGCGGCUGCGCUUCAAGGAUUCCAAUGGGCAUAGAAACAACUGUGGUAUUCAAUAAAACUGGGGUGCC